CUGAACCCAUUGCUUUUUUUUAUCAUCGUCUGCAUCCAUAUCCUGUUUGCCCAACCAUCAUGGAUGACGGUCUGAGGAAUGAGCCGACUACACAGGCUCUUUCGAAUGCUUCACCACUGCACCUCUUACCCAGAUACACGGCGUCAGGAAAUGCGGAUGUCAUUAUACCCAUCGAAGACAAUGAGACAUCAAAUGCACCUACCAGCGAGCCAUAUAUAGGCUCUCACUCCUCCGAGCUAUCAUCAUCGCCCGCACUGGCAGCAGAACUAGAGAAAGGAGUACGAUGGUAUUUUAAACAGUCAGAGUUAGAGAUCAUAGGCAUGGCUGGAACCAUUGAACAGCCGCCCGUAUUUAUCACGCCCAACAAGGAUUGGAAGUGCUUACUUGAGACACAAGGGGGGCUUGUGCAUGGUUGGUACUCUAUGAUACUUGGCGUGACCCUCAGCUCUAGGUUUACUCAUAGAUCUGAUACACUGAGAAUCGAAGCGAAGCAACUUGACAGCAACCGAUGUAGCCUGAAUGCUGCAAAAGAGUAUACCACCAUCGCAAAAAUCGAUGAGAUCGGCUCAAUCCAGGAGGAAACCAUUAUGAGACUAAAGUUGCAUCGGCAGAUUGAGAUAGUUGCUAGUGGAUAUAUUGAGCUUUCAAUCAACGUGAAGAAACAUGAUCCGUCGAGUCUAAGGUUGCAUUACGUUGAAUUGGAUGUAGGGCUCACAGCAGAUCUUGUUUUGUACGGUGAACUCAGGCCUCAUCAUAUCAUUGAUGUGAGUCAUGUCGACAACACUCGGGAUAGAACCAAGACGAUACACUCAUAUGCGCUGAAUCCCUGUGGGUCGCAUGCCGCAACACUGUGUUUCACUGAAGAUGGUCAAGGUAUUAUUGAGCUCUGGUCCCUUGACUCUAAAUUGUCCGAAGAACCUCAAGGCAGCACAACAAAGACACAUAUCGCUCCCAUUGCACGAGGGGAUAAAACUUUAAUCAAAGUCAGUGACCUUCUCUCGAGUAAUAUCUCCAUGUCAGCAUCGGAUUCAGGAAACUAUGUCACAAUUCACUCUGCUGAACCGAUAUCAGAAUCCUCAGUUGGAAUAGAAGACACGGUUGAAAAUGUAGAUAGCACAAAGCCAUACAAUACCGUCUUUUAUUUUCUUUCCAGCGCAUCCAAGAAGGCCUCAUCUAGAAAACAGCAGUUAGGAAAUCCUUGCAUUGUCCGCCAAUUUCGAGGCUAUGGAAAGUUCCAUUCAUAUUCAUCUAGCGAUAACCAAGGAAAGACAAAUGAAUAUCACAUCACUUGCAGCGGGUCUUCAAUAUUCAUCCACAAUCCCGAUAAGAAAUGGUCACAAAUCAAAACUUUGGCUAUGGCAGCGGAACCAAACUUUGAGGCUGCAUCAGAAUUAAUCACGAGCCUACGCGGCAAUUGCUUCGCAUGGACUGGUAAUAGAGGUGUAAUAUCUUUCUGGAAUAUCGCAAGCAUGAAGCAGACCUCAUAUAUCUCAGUCGCCUACGAUAACACUGGACCACUUGUCAGUCUAUCUGGAGAUGGAUCACUGGCGGCAAUCUCUACCAUGGGAUGUAUCAGUAUCUAUGAAACAUUCUCGGGUAUGAAGCUAGGCGACUAUACCGAGGGCCUAGGGGAUAGGCGGUUUGAGGUGAUGAUGGAUCAUCAUAUCUUUAGGAUAUUUGACCAAGACCCCUCUGAUGAUCUAAAACAUCAAUUUAUUGAGUGCAAGUUCAUAAGAAUACGCGACAUGGAGGUCAUCCGUACUUUCCCAAUCCAUAAGGAUAGCAGCCUUAACUUUCCAAGUCCACUGAAGGGUCAGGUUUAUGGCUAUCGAGAGGGACCUAUAAUGAACAUCACUAAGCUGGAUAUUGGUACUAUCCCCUUACCUGAUAGCAAAUUUAGAGAGAAAGAUUUGGAAAGGGUAGCGUUCAAUCAAAUUAUCCGCAAACACAGGCUUAGAUUCAUAUUGACUUCUGAUGUCGAAUUCAUUUUGACCCCCUACACUGAAGGGACUAGUGAUGCGCUGACUACCGUCAACAUUACUCGUAUCAACCUGGCACCAGAACGACAACACCAUCCUCCUGUAUCCUUCUCAUCCUCGCCUUCAGAUUCAGUCAUUACUAAGAAAAAAGGAAUGAGUUUGAAAAUACUGCUAGGACCUUCACAUAUAGACCACUCCUGCAUAUUUCUGCCAAAAGCCUCGCGAAUUGUGCUGGUGACAGGCCGAUAUAUGCAAAUGUGGAAGUUGCUUGCAGAGGGCGAGUCGAAUUCAUCGGAGCUUGCAAAAUUAGAGCUUGUGUGGGCAUUGCAGGCAGAGGAUUGUCGGAAGCACUCUACCGACCUUCCUAUCUACAGAAUCACUAGUGCCACGGCUACCGAAGAUGGGAUGCAGUUUGCUUUAAAGCUUUUUCCUAAGAGAAAGGGUGAAGAGUCCAAGCAUUCAUUGAAAACAUCAAAAAAUUAUGAUGGUUAUAAAGUCAUGAAGCUCGUUUACCCUCCUGUGGACAAUUCCGGUACCCUAGAAAGGAAUCGGAUAUCUCAAGGCAUCUGCGGCGCCAUAGACAUGUAUGUCGGUGGUAACUUAGUGUGUCAGGCGGCUGUUAUCCAAUAUCUGGAGACCCUUGUUCGGCCAUCUUCGCAGAAUCCGGUCUCCUGCAUUUUCACAUUAUGUGAAGCCUGGACAUAUGCAAAUCGAAAUUUUUUGGAGCAGAUCAUGAAGGCUUUAUUGCCUCCAACAAAGAUCACUUGGAUCCCGGACUCGAAGGCCAUCGCUGCUCAUAAACUCAAUGAUCCCCUUAAAAAGGUUUUUCAGAUUGCAGAGAAACAGCCUGCGGUCAUUGGUGUUGCUAAAGUGAUUAUGGAUUACUGCAUCAGUCAUGCCAGCAAUUCUUGUAAUCUCUCGUUUUUGACCCCCAUAUUUGGGUCGCUGAAGCAAGUUAUGACCAUGUUUCCAGAGCAAGCGUUUGAUUGUAUUGAGCAAAUAGCAUACAUUCCAGUUAAGGAGCGGCCUUAUAUUAUCGAUAACCACAAACUUGCCUACCCACCAAGGUUUCGAUUCAAAUUCUGGGAGCCACUAUCAUUGCCACUGCCUAAAAUGCCGGAUCCGAUUAUGCAACUACAUGUAGUGGCCAAGCAACGGGAUCCCAAAAAUGACCUGUUUACACAUCCAUUGUUCAUGGCUUCUUUUGAUGCAUUGUGGUUCUAUCCCGAAGACAAAAAUAAUGUCGAGGAGAGAACUGACCAUGGCGGCUUGGAUAAGAAAAUACUGUCUCUUGAAGAGCGGAUCAAAUCAACUGCAAUAGUAUCUAAGACGACAUGGUGGAAGUCAAUGUUCUACAUGUUUCUUUUCAAGUUGAAUCCCAGGAACCAGUUGUACGUCCAAUGCUACAACUUUAAUCUGGAUUUUUUUGAUAACCCAGCCAUUGCUGCCUUGGUCGCAUAUAAAUGGAAUACGAUUGGGUUCUCUUAUUGGCUUGGCAGAUUCGCAUUUCAAUGCAUUUAUUAUAUUCUGGUCCUUGUGGUUGCUUUCAUGCAAGUGUAUUAUACCGGCGAGGACCGUACUCCCUUUAUUGGGUUAUUUAGUGCUAUUAUCGUCAUGUCUGCCAUUUUCAUAUGGCUUGAAGCCUUGCAAGCAUAUCAGAAUUGGGAAAAAUACAAAGAGUCACUGUAUAACCUGCUUGACAUGUUCGCGUUUUUAAUACCUAUGGCUGCCGGUAUCCAUCAAUUGAUUGUCAUCUUCAAUAGCGAUCAAUUUGGAAAUACCAGGCUCGUGAGCUUCAGCGUCCUGGUUGUGUUUCUGCACAUGCUCUUUGAGCUCAGAGUCAACGAGAUGGUGUGCAAAUAUGUGACAAUUAUCCAGCAUGCUACUAAGGAGAUCCAAGUCUUUUUCGUGAUCUUUGCAACAGGGGUCAUUGCAUUCACAAUUGGGAUAUUACAUCUGCUUCAUGCCUGUCCGACAAGCGGAUGUGAGCGAAUAGAAGAUGAAGGAUAUUUACCUUUGCAUUUCUUCGGGGCACUAUCAGCAACGUACUUCAUGAUGGGCGGUCGUUAUGACCCUGUUGAUCCAAAGUUUUCUUCUCAAGACUGGGCUUUCCAUAUCAUGAUGAUGAUAUUCUUUUUCUUUACAGUUAUCUUGAUGCUGAAUGUACUUAUUGCACUUAUCAAUGUGGCAUUCACAAAGGGUGAUGAUGGAUGGAGAUUGACAUGGAUUGAAUCACGUCUGCGAUAUAUUGAGGCGGCUGAAAAUAUGUCAUAUCAUAUUCCUGGUUACCGUGAGACGUACGAUUGCUUCCCAAGGGAAAUCUAUUUCACGGCGACUACGCAGCAGAUGAAAGCUUAUCAAGCAAAAUUGGAUGCUGAAAUCAAUAAGGAAACGGGAAAAUAUAUAACUAAUGUGGAUGCCCGCGUGGAACAAUUGCAGAAGCAGCUGCAGGAGCAGCAGGCGAAGCAAGAUACGCAUAUUCAGGAACUCAAGAAACUGUUGCUUCAAAAUACUAGAUAA